AAAAAUUUCUUGCUACAUUUCCUUUUCCUUAUAUGAAUGGAAGGCUCCAUAUUGGUCAUAUGUUUUCACUAUCAAAAUGUGAGUUUGCAGUGCGGUAUAAUCGUCUUCUAGGAAAGAAAGUUCUCUUUCCAUUUGGUUUCCAUUGUACCGGUAUGCCUAUUAAAGCAUGUGCAGAUAAAUUAAAGAGAGAAAUGGAGUUAUAUGGUUAUCCACCACAAUUUCCUGAAUAUGAACAAAUUGAAGUUGUAGAUGAUAUAGUAAUAAAGGAUAAAGGCAAAGGAACAAAGAGUAAAGCAGUUGCAAAAACUGCUAAUGCAAAAUAUCAAUGGGAAAUUAUGCUAACACUUGGUUUAAAAGACGAGGAUAUAAAAAAUUUUACAGAUACUGCAUAUUGGUUAGAUUAUUUUCCACCUCUUGCUGUGGAAGAUUUAAGAUUAAUUGGAGUACAUGUGGAUUGGCGCAGAACAUUUAUUACAACAGACGCAAAUCCAUUUUUUGAUUCAUUUGUACGUUGGCAAUUUCAGCAUUUAAAAGCUAGAAACAAAAUAAAAUAUGGAAAAAGGUAUACAAUAUAUUCACCAAAAGAUGGGCAACCUUGCAUGGAUCAUGAUAGAUCAACUGGAGAAGGUGUAGGGCCACAAGAAUAUACUUUAAUUAAAAUGAAGUUACAAGAACCUUAUCCUUCUAGCAUGAAAACUCUUUUUGGCAAAACAAUUUAUUUAGUAGCUGCUACUUUAAGACCAGAAACAAUGUAUGGUCAAACAAAUUGCUGGAUUCAUCCAGACAUAAAUUAUAUUGCUUACACCCUAUCAAAUGGAGAUGUUUAUAUUUCAACAGAAAGAGCAGCUCGGAAUAUGGCUUAUCAGGGUUUCUUUGAAGAAGAGGGAAAGAUACCAAUUGUGUUAAAACUGGCUGGAAAAGAUAUAUUAGGAUUACCAGUAGAAGCUCCUCUUACAACUUAUAAAGUAAUCUAUACUUUACCAAUGUUAACUAUUAAAGAAGGUAAAGGUACUGGAGUUGUUACAUCUGUACCUAGUGAUUCUCCUGAUGAUUAUGCUGCUUUAGUAGAUUUAAAGAAAAAACAAGCUCUGAGGGAAAAAUAUGGAAUAACUGAUAAUAUGGUGCUACCUUAUGAUCCUAUACCUACUCUUGAAAUACCAGGAUUCGGCACUUUAUCUGCAGUAGCUUUGUACAAUAAAUUAAAUAUUCAAUCUCAAAAUGAUACUGUUAAAUUAUUAGAAGCCAAAGAAAUUGUGUAUCUUAAAGGCUUCUAUGAUGGUGUAAUGGUAGUUGGUGAAUAUAAAGGAAAGAAAGUUCAAGAUAUUAAAAAGCAGAUACAGAAAGAACUUAUAAACGACAAAAAAGCAGUUAUAUAUUACGAACCAGAAAAAACUAUAAUUUCAAGAUCAAAUGAUGAAUGUGUAGUAGCUUUAUGUAAUCAAUGGUAUUUGGACUAUGGAGAAGAAACUUGGAAGGAAGAAGCAAUGAAAGCCUUAAAUAAUCUCAAUACUUAUCAUGACGAAGUGAGAAAAAAUUUUUUGGUUUGUCUUGAUUGGUUACAUGAACAUGCAUGUUCAAGAACUUAUGGACUUGGUACUAAAUUACCAUGGGACGAAAGUUGGUUAAUAGAAUCACUCUCAGACUCAACAAUUUACAUGGCUUAUUACACAGUAGCGCAUUUAUUACAAGGAGGAACAUUCAAAGGCGAUAAAUCAAAUACAUACAACAUAAGGGCUGAUGAAAUGACGUCAGAAGUAUGGGAUUAUAUUUUCUUCAAAGAUGCAAAAUUUCCAAAAACAAAUAUAAAAAAAAAAGCAUUGAAUCAUAUGCGUCGUGAAUUCAACUAUUGGUAUCCAGUAGAUUUACGAGUAUCUGGAAAAGAUUUAAUACAAAACCAUCUAACGUUUUUUAUUUAUAAUCAUACCGCGAUGUGGCCUGAACAACCUGAGUUAUGGCCGAAAGGAAUAAGAGCAAAUGGUCAUUUACUACUAAAUUCAGCCAAAAUGUCAAAAUCGGAAGGUAAUUUCUUAACACUUUCCGAAGCUGUAGAAAAGUUCUCGGCAGAUGGUACGCGACUCUGUUUAGCCGAUUCUGGUGAUUCAAUAGAAGAUGCUAAUUUCGUAGAAAAUAUGGCCGAUGCUGGAAUUCUUAAACUAUAUAAUUUUAUUGAAUGGGUCAAAGAAGUGUUGGCUUCAAAAAGUACUUUUAGAGAAGGAAAACCGCAAACGUUUAACGAUGAAGUUUUUGAAAGUGAAAUGAACCUGAAAAUACGAGAGACUGGAGAAAAUUAUUCCAAAAUGUUGUACAAGGAUGCGUUGAAAACAGGAUUCUUUGAGUUACAAGCAGCAAGAGACAAGUAUUUACAGUUGAGUGCGCUGGAUGGCAUUAAUUGGAUGUUGAUUAUGAAAUUCAUAGAACUUCAAAUUAUUGUUUUAUGUCCUAUUUGCCCACAUGUAACAGAAUAUGUGUGGACACUAAUUGGUAAAGAAGGUAGUAUAUUAAAUGCUAAAUGGCCUAAAAUAGGAGAAAUAAAUGAUGUUCUUAUAAAAUCAUCACAAUAUCUUAUGGAUGCUGCUCAUUCAUUUAGGAUUCUCCUAAAAAGUUAUACAACGCCAAAAAAAGGACCAAAAGGAAAAUUUCAAACAUCAGUUAUAGAAAAACCUACUCAAGGUACAAUUUGGGUAGCAAAAACAUAUCCUUCUUGGCAAAGCACUAUUUUAACUAUAAUUAAAGAUUUAUACCUUAUAAAUGACAAACUACCAGAAAACAAAAUUAUUGCAGAAGAAUUGGGAAAACUACCAGAAUUGAAAAAGUACACGAAACGAGUAAUGCCAUUUGUACAAGAUAUAAAGGAGAAAAUGGAAGUCGGUGGAUUAAGUGUGCUUAAUUUAACGUUAGAUUUCGAUGAAUUUAAAGUUCUUCAAGAUAAUAAAAAGUAUCUUGAAAUUACUCUAGAUCUGGAGAGUAUUACAAUAAAGUAUAGCGAUGAAGCUCCAGAAAAAACGAGAGAAGAAUGCUGUCCAGGUGCCCCUUAUAUAAAUUUUUCUACUAAACCUGGAAUUUCAGUAUGCCUUAUGAAUCCACAGAAAUGCAGUGCUUUAUUUAGAACGACUAUAAAAUUAAGUGAUACGGAUACUGUAGAGGAUGUCACAUCGCGAUUACUAAAAGAAAAUAAGCAAAUAAAAUCUCCAUCGUCGAUUUCUCUGUAUCGUUAUAAUGAUCCUGGUCUGGGUCCCAGAAGUAAACCAGUGGUUGAUGAUAUUUUAAAAGAUAAAACUCAAAUUCCACCAAAUUCUACAUUUAAUGUUGAUAUGGAAACCAAAACUAUUAAAGUAAAUGUAGAAGGAACUUUGUAUAAUAUAGGUAAUGAAUUGGUGUACAUACAUCAGUCAGUGGAGGAGAUUUAA